ACCCACGAGUGUGUAAACUUCACUUGUAUCCUCUGAAGUUCGGGUCCUAGACAUAUACUGUCUAGAAAAAGGCACUGGAGUGUUCUCCAGGUCCGUAUGGAGCUUUUCGGGAGCACGUUUGACGACUCAGUGUUUGCGGAGGCGAGAGGCCGAGUGUGUGUGUCUCCUUCUUCAUACAACGCUAAACUGUGUGAACCAGAGUGGUUUUGUGACAGCGCUGCUCUCGAUACAGACGAUGCCCUGGAAAAACAGAAAGUUUACAAGUUCAGAGGUGACUUGGCAGUGAGACAGGAGAACUAUCAGAAAGCCCUGGAAGCAUACAGCUGCUGCCUCGAGUGUCUCGCUGACAACAACUUGACCAUCAGAAGAGAUGUCAUGGAGGGAAUGGCCCGAUGCUGCACCACACUGGGACAGAGAGACAAGGCUCUGCACUUGGCUGACUUACUGAGGAAAGAAGCCUCCAACACCAGUCACCUGACCAGCCUCCUGCUGCUGAAGGUCAGCAUCUACCAGCAUUUUGGAGCCAUGGAAUCAAAGAUGUCAUGUCUCCAGCAGCUGUGCAGCCUGCUGCCCUUUAACCCCUGGAACUGGCUCAACCUGGGUCAGAUGUGUCUGCAGCUGCUGGAGAACAGACCCACAAGUUUAUGUUCCUCUGAGAGGUGUGAAUCAGUAGAGGAGAAGAAAGAUGGAGAGACUGAGGAGAUACAGGAGGAGGCAGCAGAGAUGGAUGAGGACAGACUCCGACUCAAAGCUUGCACUUGUUUCGUCAGGACGAGACUCGUGUUGAGAAUCCUCCGGCAGCAGCAGUCCUCCUUUGUGUUGCAGCGCAGUGAACGUGUCCUACAGACGACAGAUGACGCUCUGCAGCGGCUAAAUCCUAAAGAAUCAACACUGCAGACUCUCACUGAGGUGAUGUCAGAGGACCUGAUCCCAGACAAGAUGAGGGAGGACUACCAGGAUGGAGAGAGUCUGGCCAGUGUAUGUGUGCAGAGCUUCAGAGAGCGCUGGUGGGACAAGAUCUUACUGACUGGUGUGUUAGAGACUCACGAAAGUCUGAGUCAGACAGAGACGGACACUGGCUCCUGAUGUUGAAUGUUUACAGACGGGACUGAAGACCACACUGAAGACGGCUCAGCCGCUGAUAGAUCCCAUCAAAGAGUAUCAGACACAGACUGAAUGAACUGAAAGUCAGAUCCUGGGCCUCAUGAUCACUUAAUGUCUGUAAAUCACUACUCAAGCUCAAACGUUUACUUUUGGUCAUUUAUAAUGUAAAUAAAGACGGACACAUCUCCACUUCCAGAUUCAAACGCUGCCAUCUUGUGCAUUUGGAGCCAGAGUCUGCGCAGUAGUGAUCAGCGGAUGAAGUUCUGUAUCCAGGUCCCAUUGAUAAACAUGCUCGACCAAUCACGUGUCAGUUUCCCCACAUUUAUAUGACAUAAAAUCAGUAUUCAAAUCAAACUCUCUGGAAACAUGUACAUACAUCAGUGUUAUAACCUAAAAAUACAGAAACUACCUUUUGAGAAAAAUUAAUUUGAUGUUUUCAUUAAAUAUGAAUUUAGCUCCAUAACCCAUCUGCUAACAUGGUGGAGAAGUGUUUUCCAUCCUCUUUGUACUGUGUGAGAUGUUAUGACAGUGAUUGUGUUCAGCAUUGAAGUAAGAAACAAUGUCAGACAUUUAAGCGGUUGAAUGUCUAAAUCGUUCAUCAAACAUUAAAAUUGUUGAUGUUUAUUUUGUUAUUGUUUUUGUAGCUGAAAUAUUAAAACUAUUAUUAAAACACAAA